AAAACUUUCUCUUCAUUUUUCAAUCUUCAAAAUCAAAAAUCAAAUUUCGACAGUCACAGGACAAGACAGUUUUCAAACCACAAACGUUUUCCUUAGAUUGUGUUUCAAUUUAUUUAUUUUGGAAAGAAUGGGAAGUUUAGUGAAGAAGAAUGGUACUGGUGGUAGUGAGACAGUGACAACUACUACCACUGAGUCCGGGACCGAGUCAAGAAAGAGUAGUAGUUCAAGCGGCUCAAGCUGUGAUGACUCAAUCGAGGAAGUGAAAAAAAUGGGGUCUUGUUCACCCUCUCUUUUGGGUUGGCCUAUCAGGAAAGCUGAAGUGUCGAAGAAAAGUUUGGUUUCUGAUGAAAAGGGAAAUGAAGAGAAGAGCCAUUUUGAUGAUUUGAAGUUUAAGAAACCGAGUUCUCUCAUUUCAGAGAUGGAUAUGAUGAAGGAAAGGUUUGCAAAAUUGUUGCUUGGUGAAGACAUGUCAGGUUCUGGUAAAGGUGUUUGCCCAGCUUUGGCUAUAUCUAAUUCCAUUACCAAUCUAUGUGCUACUAUAUUUGGACAACUGUGGAGAUUAGAACCCUUACCUUCUGAGAAGAAAUCAAUGUGGAAAAGAGAAAUGGAGCUGCUUCUUUGUGUUAGUGAUCACAUUGUGGAAUUGAUCCCAUCUUGGCAAACAUUUUCAAAUGGAAAUAAACUUGAGGUCAUGUCUUGCAGGCCUAGAUCAGAUAUUUUCAUGAAUCUCCCUGCUCUCAGGAAACUAGACAACAUGCUCCUUGAAAUAUUGGAUAGUUUUGUGGAUACCGAAUUUUGGUAUGUUGAUCAAGGGAUUAUAGCCCCAGAAGCAGAUGGAUCAGCCUCUUUUCGGAAAACAAUUCAGCGGCAAGAAGAGAAGUGGUGGCUUCCUGUGCCCCGUGUACCUGCUGGUGGCCUCUCUGAAAAUUCAAGAAAGCAAUUGCAUCACACGCGUGAAUGCACAAACCAGAUCCUUAAAGCUGCAAUGGCCAUAAAUAGUAUUACCUUAGCAGAAAUGGAAGUGCCUGAGUCAUACUUAGAAUCACUUCCAAAGAAUGGGAGAACCUGUUUAGGGGAAGUUAUUUACAGGUACAUUACAUCAGAUCAGUUCUCUGCUGACUGCUUGCUAGAUUGCCUUGACCUGUCCUCAGAGCACGUUGCUCUUGAGAUAGCAAACCGUGUGGAAGCCUCAAUAUACGUGUGGCGUCGAAGAGCUCACUCGAAGCCCCAACCAAAUCCAAAUCGUUCCACUGCAAAAUCAUCAUGGGAAAUGGUGAAGGACUUCAUGAUUGAUGGAGAUAAGAGGGAAUUGCUUGCUGAAAGAUCUGAAAGUCUCUUGCUUUGCUUGAAACAGCGGUUUCCUAGUCUAACACAAACUACAUUGGACACCAGCAAGAUCCACUGCAACAAGGAUGUUGGGAAAUCCAUUCUUGAGAGCUAUUCAAGAGUUUUGGAGAGUCUGGCAUUCAACAUUGUGGCUCGGAUUGAUGAUUUAAUAUAUGUGGAUGACUUGAAUAAAAAUUCAGAUAAGCUGUCAUCAGUUACAACAGUUAGUGUAAUUUCUCAUAAGAAAGUUACAAUCCCCUUCGGUAAUGUGCCUGCCUCAGGCACUCCGUAUAAGGCAACAUUUAACACACCAAGCUUCUCACCUGCACCUCUAAUUAGUCCUGCAAGAGGGGAGAGAACUCCUUUUCUCGUCACCACCAACAACAACAAGGCUAACCGCCGCGGUUUUGGGGUGAAGAGAGUGUUGUCAAAUUAUCUUGGUGUUGACACAAAAGCAAAGGUGUGUGGGAAUCCAACUGAGGAGAUAAGUUCAGUUGCAACAAAUGGUUAUGAAGGUUUGGUGCAUCAAAAGAAUUCAUCAUCAGCCAACCAAAAUGGGACGAAGUUGUGCCAAAAUCAGCCUCGAUAUACUGUCUCUUGAGAGAGUUUUUGAGAGAAUGAAAAAUACAGUGUGAGAAUUAGGAUUGUUAAUGGUAGAGGACAUUUCUUGUGACUAUGAGUUGAAAUAUCUUGUUUACCCAUCUUAUUGGUUUAUUUGAAUGUAAUGUAGCUGUGAGUUGAUAGAAUAAUAUAUAUAUGAGAUUGCUGAUUGGCUUCAUCAGAUCAGAGAGUUUUGAGGGAAAAACGAAAAUA